UGAAAUACACGACAACAGUUAAUAUAUAUCCAAGAGUGUGUGUGUUUCUUUGUGUCUGCAUGUCGACCAGUGAGGCUUGCAGUAAGCCGGAUUACUCACCGGUUUCCUGGCGGGAGUAUUUUGACGAGAUGGAGGACGUGAGCGUCGGGGCGGACGACAGCAGGGACGUCUUCCGGAUCUAUAAAGCUGGAAACACUGGACCGCUGCUGGUCCUUCUGCACGGGGGAGGACACUCAGCGCUGUCCUGGGCCGUCUUCACCAGAGUCAUCGCCAGCAAAGUGAACUGCAGGGUGCUUUCCAUGGACCUCAGGGGUCACGGUGAAACCCUGGUACGCCAAGCAGACGACUUCUCGACUCAAACCAUGUCCAGCGAUAUAGCCAAUGUGAUUGGUGUCUGUUAUGGUGAGACUCCGCCCCCCAUCGUCCUGAUUGGUCACGGUGUUGGCGGCGCGAUCGCAGUUUACACAGCUAGCAACAUGUUGCUAACCACCACUGUGGGACUGGUGGCUAUCGACGUGGUGGAAG